AUGUAUAAUCAGGGCAAGAUCAUGCGCCGCUUGCUGGGCCGGCCGGCCACCGAAUCGACUUCCAACGACGGCGCUCUCGGUCCGACCAGCUCGCCCGUUCCGCUGUCCUACCGACCCAAUGCCUCCCAGGACGCCGUCUACGCCGCGGGCGGGCCCGUCGCGUGCUUGGACAAGUCCGCCGACGGCCACUUUGCCGUCCUCGGCGGCCGCCACGUGCUGAGGACGGUGCAGAUCGAUGGGUCCAACAUCAAAGCCGGUGUCGACGUACGCGCUGUCAUCACGUCGCAGCCGAACACAAAGCCCGGCACGUCAACGACCAUAUCCGAUCAGCUGUCCAUCAAGGACGUCAAAUGGGCUUCUAGCCCGAGCGGCGAGCCCACCCUCUUCACCGCGUGCGCCAAUGGCCGGAUAUUCACCUACAACAUCAGUCGGCUGGGCUCUGCCACCCCGGGAGGAUCGGGGCUGGAGUUCAUCCAGAUCCGCGAGGAUUCGCGCCAGGUGAACAAGUUGGAUAUCAACCCCCACCGGAGCACCUGGUUGCUCUCGGGCAGCCAGGACGGCAUAGUGCGAUGCUUCGACGUCAAGGCUCCUGUCACCAAUAGGAGCGGCCAAGCCACCUUCCGCACCUUCCAAGCCUUCAAAUGCAAUGCCGAGGGCAUCCGCGACGUCAAGUGGUCGCCCAAGGACGGCAUGGUCUUCGCAUGCGCAACCGAGUCGGGCGCCGUCUUGAAAUGGGAUAUACGAAAGGCAAACCAACCCCUGCUGAGGAUCAACGCCCACGACCCUACGCGGGGCACCUCCUCCAUCUCCUGGCAUCCCGAUGGCGAGCACCUGAUCAGCGCCGGCAUGGACGGGAAGUGUCAUGUGUGGGACAUGUCCAAGACUGCGGACAAGAAACAGAAGCCAAAGUGGACCAUCUCAUCACCCGCCCCGGUGGCUGUCGUAUCUUGGCGCCCGGCCCUGUGGUCUGCUACAGCCCAAGGGAGGAGAGCAGCACAGAUUGCUGUCUCCUACGAAUCUGGUAGCGCGCACAACAGAUAUGGCAUCAACGCCGUCCAUAUCUGGGACUUUGGCCGGCCAACGAUGCCGUUCAAGGAAAUCGAUCGGUUCGAUGCCUCUCCAAGUUCAUUACUGUGGCACGGCCAGGACCUGCUCUGGACCGCGGGUAGCGAUGGGCUUUUCACCCAGUGUGAUGUCGCAUAUGCUUCCAAGGUCAUCGAUCGCCAGCCGCUGUCAAGCCUCGACUUCUCGCCCCGUGGGGACGUGCUGAUGUUCCUCGAAGAACGAGUACAUCCAGAAAGGUCGCGGCCCUCCGCAGUCACCCAGGACUCUCUGCCAACACCCUCGUAUAGCUCAAGUCCAAGCACACAGAUGCUUAGCAUCAGCCGCAGCGACUCGGAGGAGGACGUGGUUGGGAGUUUUCUGGGCCCCAGGCGACGCGGCAGCAAGAAGCGCGGCACUAGUAGUCGCCCUGCUCUCAGUAGUACGCCCCCGUCUGGGUCUGGGAGUGAGGAACCCGUUAUACCACUGGAGCAAUCCAUAAAUCUUACUGGGACUUUUAGACCUCAGCAGGUGAUGGCUAUCGGCCGCGCUCCUGCAACCGCUAAGCCGAGUGUUUACCAAUAUCUUUCAAUUCAUUACUUGGAGACUCUUCAGAGAAAUUUGCCAUUCCUUCCAGGCGGGCCACCACUCAACCAGCGGGUUUCUGGCAUACUGGAACACUAUGCGCGCGCAGCAGAGAAUGUCAGCCAAAUUAGAUUGGCUCAGACCUGGCGAGUCCUGGCAUAUGCGUUCGACCUCCUUCUGACGAGACGGGCACAGUAUCAUUUAGAAUUUCGUACCAUGCGACGCAAAACCCCCAGGUCUCCCAGCCUCAAGCACCGGUCUGAAUCAAGGACGAGCCUUUUGAGUCUAGAAAGAGCAAUCCAGCAUCGAGACCGAGCAGGAGGCGAGGAGACACCGCGAAAGCCGUCUUCGGUCGCCACGACAGAUAACAACCACAACCUAGGGCAGUCCCUCCUUUCUCUUACAGAAGCUGACAGCGAGUCGAAUGUGCCUACACCGCUAGCUCGUCCAGUGCGGGAAGAUGGGUCCGAACAUGACCAAUUUUUCCCUGGCAAGGCGCUCACGCCUGUCCAAGAGAUCAAUAGCUUCACGUUGCCGCCUGCUUUCCAGAGUGAAGUGGAACGACCAAGUUUACGGCAGAGACUGGAUUCUACUCCGCUUUCUGUCGCCAGCCAGGAGAGUCAAGUAUCUAGCACGGAGGGCUAUGAUUUCUAUGAUCUCGAAUCGGUAGACACCAUCCCCCAAGCUAUAGACGUGCCAAAGAAGAAAGAGCCGCUUUCACUGGACUAUAUCGGCCCUAAAACUCCCAACAGCAAAAAAAUUACACUAGGGAGGCAUGAUUCGGAUGAGAGUUUUGCGCAGAUGUUCUCAAUAUCCGAUGGUAGUCGGCAGACAGCUGAAAUGGGAUCGUUCAGCAGUAGUUUACGUCAUGUUAUCAACCAGUCCGAUGAGACUCUCAGUUCCACUCAGUCGUCCGUGGAGGAGUACCAGAGCCGCAUCCGUGGGAAGCAACUCCAAGAAUCACCCGAAGCACAACAUCACUUACCAAAGGCCUUGAAAAGGGAGGACUCAGGUAGCUUGAGUGGAGAAGUGUUUAUGAUAUCGCAGACGACGGCGGAUAGCGGUGACAUAGAGGUUUAUCCCGAUCUGUCACAGCAGCCUUCACAACAGUCUCUGGAACUGUCACCAGUUCAGCUAAAGGUCAAGCAGCCUGCUUCGCCUCGCAAGACAUCCAACGAACGUUUAGCUCUCGAAAGGCCUGAAGACCACACCUCUACGACGAUCACAGAGACUGACUUCAUGCCAUGGCCUGAAGAUCCCCCUUACCCCUUUCCGAUCUCCACCGAUGCAGAGAAUAAGCACAAAUUGCCACCUUUCAAGCCGUACGAGCUUCUAUCUAGAGCAUUGUCUUUCGAAGCCAAACAUUCAGCUUUGAAUGCCUCAGCAAUCAUCCUUCUUUUGAAGCCUCUAGUUCCAGACGGGGUCAUCGACUCCCAUCAGGCUACGGCUAUCCUUCGACAUCAUCAUAGUCGACUUAUGGGUCAGAGACUCUUUGUCGAAGCUGCAUUACUUCGAAACUUGGCCGUCGGGGACUGGCCCGAGGGGUUGGACGUCUGGGGUGAUAACUAUGGCUCUAUCUUCCUGCCGGCGCAGGAACGGGUCUCUGCGAGCUUUGCAUGCCCACAGUGCCACAAGCCACGGGAAGUCGAUCCCAGAGCUGAUGGACCUGGUAUAUGGAAAUGUGAACGCUGCCACGCCAGCAUGGGGCCGUGUGCUAUAUGCCGGCACCGAGAUCCGACUCAGGCUACCCUUCCAUCCAUGCCGUUGGCCAAAGGCCUUGCUCACCUUGCAGCAUCACAGGAUGAUGUAAUUCUUUCAACCUGGUGGUACUGCCCGGGCUGUGGACAUGGAGGUCACGCCGCCUGUCUCCAAGGCUGGCAUUCACCUGUGGCAAUGCCUCGAUCUAGCAGCGGGACAUCAACACCAGGCACCCCAGCCAUACAAGACGGGGCUUAUCCUGAGACCUUGAGCGAUGGGUGCUGCCCACUCGAUGGCUGCGGGCAUGCUUGUCUUCCCGGCAAGUGGCGUAACGAAACGAGCACUGCUCGCACUGAGGAACUUGGGCGCGCAGUUCGGGAACAAACAAGAAAUUCAUUUCCAGUUUUGAAACAGGGCGAUCCUCGCAGCAGAGCAUACGACACAGAAGUGUACGCCGGAUCUGCGCCUGCUGUGAUAGGUGGUGUCCGAAGUGAUAUUGUCGAAGUAUCGCAGAGCAAGGCGGUGGAAGGUGUGCGGGAAGCUCUCGCGAAUUCGGGCAUCGGUGACAGCAGCUCUGCCGAAGAUCCCGCCAGGCUAUCGCGUGCCCCAGGUGGAAUAUUGAGCGUUCUCAGCUCCAGUCCUGGACGAUCAAGCAGCUUCGGUUCCGGGCCAGAAGGGGCUAAACUUGGUGAUAGAAUUGAUCGGGAGAGGCGAAAGAGCGUCAAAUUUGCUGGAGCUACCGAUGAUCGGCUGACCCUAUUUGACCCUGAAAGCGAUGCACUGCUGCCUGAGGACCAGUCAAAGUACUAUGCGCACCUGUCGCGCAGUGGCUUGGCCGGGCUCGUGGUUCUCGGCACCAACGCCGAGACCUUCCUGCUGACGCGCGAGGAGCGCGCACAGCUGCUCUCGCUUGCCCGGAAGGCAGUCGGCCCGGACUUCCCCAUCAUGGCGGGCGUGUCCGGGCACUCGACGGCGCAGGUGCUGGAGUUCAUCGCCGACGCCAAGGCCGCCGGUGCCGACUACGGCCUGCUCCUGCCGCCGGCGUACUUCGGCAAGGCCAGCACGCCGGCCGUGGUGGAGCGCUUCUUCGACGACGUGGCCGCGCGCUCGCCGCUGCCCCUCGUCAUCUACAACUUCCCGGGCGUCUGCAACGGCGUCGACCUCGACAGCGCCCUGAUCGCCCGCCUGGCCCGCCGCCACCCGCGCCGCAUCGUCGGCGUCAAGCUGACCUGCGGCUCCGUCGCCAAGAUCACGCGCCUCGCGGCCGAGCUGCCGCCCGCCGACUUCGCCACCUUCGGCGGCCAGAGCGACUUCCUGCUGGGCGGGCUCGCCGUCGGCAGCGCCGGCUGCAUCUGCGCCUUCGGCAACGUCUUCCCCCGCACCGUCGCCGAGGUCUACCGCCUCUGGCACGAGGGCAAGGUUCAGGAGGCCCGGGCGCUGCAGGGCAAGCAGGCUCUCGCCGAGCAGUCCAUCAAGGCCGGCAUUGCCGUGACCAAGUACGCGGCUGCCGUCUUCACGGCGCCCAAGGCCGGCAUAGAGAACCCAGAGCCCAAGUUCCGCCCCCGGCGGCCGUACGAGGCUCCUGCGGAGGCCGUUCAGGAGGCCUUGAAGAAGGCAAUGGAAGAGGUGUCAGUGAUCGAAGAGGCUUUGGACAGGCGAGCCAGUGACGCUUAG